GCCAUUGAAAACACUUCGUUUAGUUUCAUUAAUGUCAGAAAAUGUGCUAAUAUAAAAACAAAAUUUAUUUAUUGGCAAUGUAUUUUAAUUAUUUAAAUUAACAUUAAAAUAAGCAUCCCUUAUAUAUUUUUGACAAUUAAUUAACAAUAGCAAUUUGCCAGUGUAUGUGAAGUUAAAUUGUGCAACAAUACGUAAUGACUGAAGAAGACCCUAUAGAAAAGGCGAUCGGACGAUUUGGUAAAUACCAGACAUGGAUUUUAUUCUUAAUACUUUUGGGCCGCUCACCUACAGAUUUCCAAUUGAAUAAUGUGGUAUUUUUAAUACCUAGCGUUGAUUACAAGUGCUUGGAUGAGGAAGCAAAUAACGCAACCAACUAUUGCCCAUGUCGACAACCUGAAUACGAUCGCAAUACCAUUAUAAAUUCUGUCACCAGCGAAUGGAAUCUCAUAUGUGAGAAAAAAUACUUGGCGAGUCUUGCGCAGUCUAUGCUUCAAGUUGGAAUAUUAGCAGGCAGUUUGACUUACGGUUAUAUUUCAGACAGAUAUGGACGCAAAAUUGGCACCCUAAUCGCUGUGUUCUCCAAUGCUCUCUUUAUCGCAAUAUCAGCAUUACUUGCUAAGUUUUGGAUUUUUAUGAUCUUUAGAUUUUUAAUUGGUACAGCAGUUGGUGGAACCAUGUUAUGUGGAUAUAUACUGAUUAUUGAAUUGAGUGGAAAGUCAUUCAGACCAUACUUAAUUGGCUUAUACGAAAUAUCUUUUAUUAUUGGAUACACCAUACUCCCUGUUAUAGCAUACUUCAUAAGAGACUGGCGAAAACUUCAGCUAAUAACAUCAGUUCCAUGGCUACUAGUUAUUAUAUAUUACUGGCUAAUCCCAGAGUCGCCUCGUUGGCUUAUCACAGUGGGCAAGAAGAAGGAGGCUGUGGAUAUACUUAGUCAUAUUGCUAAAAAGAACAAUCGAUCAACGGAGAAUAUAGAAAUCAUAGUUGAUGAAAUAGAAAAGGAAACAAUGCGGGAAAAACAAAAGCAUGGUACCUACUUCGAUUUAUUCAAGACACCUAAAAUUCGUAUCUAUACUAUUAUCACAGCACUGGUAUGGAUGUUUUGUUCUCACACAUUUUACGGAAUUAACCAAUAUAUUGGACGGCUACAAGGAAAUAUUUAUCUAAACGUAUUGUUGUCAGCUGCUUGUCUAGCCCCUGGUCUAUUUAUAGUUGUAAUAACUACAUUAUUUUUAAAAAGAAAAGUUGGUGUCCUCUGUACCUUUAGCGUAGCUGGCAUUGCAUUACUAAUAUUUAUAUUUAUCCCGACUUCCAUGGAAUGGUUGACUUUAGUAUUCGCCAUUAUUGGUCAGAUAGGUGCCUACACGUCGUUUGUUCAAGUAUAUCUUUUCACUUCAGAAGUUUUUCCCACUGUGGUAAGGAACUCUGCAAUGGGGUUUUCUUCUAUGUUUGGAAGAUUCGGUGGUUUUAUCGCACCAUUCGUUGUGAAUAUAGGUGUAGAAUGGGGAUCGAUUCUAGUUUUCAGUACAGUUGCAUUCAGUGCAGCGAUAUUAUGCUACUUUCUCCCAGAAACUAAAGAUACGAUACUUUUAAAUUCAAUAGAGCAAACUGAAACAUCAAACGUAAGAAGGCCAAGUCAGGAGAUUACAGUUUAAUUCAUAAUUUACUUAUUUGAUAGACAAAAUUAACAUAACAGUAGGUUUAUAUACUUAUCUUUAUUACACUAGAACUUUAUCUUUGGCAUUGCUGAGAAUUCACAUUUAUAUUGCAAUAUAAUUUAGUAUUUUUCUACAAUGUAUUAAAUAUUUAAUUAAACAUUAAGUUUAUCUAAUAAUUUGUAUUGAAUAUUGUGAAAUCCCCCAAAAAACCAAGUUAUAAAUAUAAAUAAGAAUGUAUGGUACAUAACCCAAAAUUGAAAUAUUAUGCUAUUAAAUAAGGCAUACAAAAAAAUAAUAUCCAAUAUUGUCCAAAAUAAAAAUCCUUUUUUUGCAAAACUCAUUGAUCGUAGUGUUCUUUGAACUGGCGAUUUAUUUAAUAUAGAAUCUAUAAAAAUACCUGAAAUAAAAAUAAAAAAAAAAAUUAACGAAAAUAAAAUUUUUAUUCAU